UGCUGCUGGGGUCUCCGUGGAUGAGAGCCUGUGGGUGGGCCUCGCUCCUGACCUCGGAAGCCAGCUCUGUGUCUCUCCUCACGGAGUGCUUUCUGUGCCCCGGCUGUCCCAAGCUCACCUCCACUCACAAGCUUGUGGCCUUCGGGUCGUGCUGCAGCAGCCUGGCGCCUGGCGAGCGAGGGGAACCUGCCAGGGGAUUACUGUGAGCCGACGGCAAGACAGGCUGGCCUCAGGGGAGCGGGGAUGGGCAGAGCAGGCACCCGACCUCAGCCAGCAACACCAGGGAGGAGGCCUGGGCCCCCGUGGGGAGCUGGGCGCACGUUCGGCUGAUGAGACGGGGUUUGACGCGACACCUCGCGGAGCAGCAGCUGUUCCCAGCACCAGAGGACCCCACGCAGGAGCAGGAGCUUCGCGACCCCUGUGCACCUGCAGCUGGGGCGGUGGCCACCAGGAGAAGGGACCGGCGCCUCGGAUGGGAAGCAGCAGGGCAGAACCUGACAUAAGGAGGAUCUUGGUCUCUAUCGCAGAGUUUUCUGACACCCCCGGCACUUCCUGUUUUUCUCUUCUCAGGGUUGGGUUCUGGUUCCCCUCCUCUGGCAGAGGGGUUGGGCCAUCCAAGCUGGGGAUGACUCUUGCGGGGAACCCAGGCCCCCUGAAGCCCACGUGCUCUCUGCUGUGAUUGGAGGACGAGGGCUUCCCCGCUGCAGGGGACGAGGGGCUGCCUCGGUGUCUGCCCAUGAACCACAAGGACCCCAGCUGCUCCAGACUGGAUUGUUUCAAGCCACCGAAGAGGGGGCCCCCCAGAGCCGGCAGCCAGAAAUCCCAAGGGACUAGAGGGCUGGCAUGGACUGACCUCCCCCUCGCCAGGGCAGUGGGAGAGGCAGAGCCUCUGUGGCCCAGCUAGUGACCGAGAGACCCGAUGAAGCCCUAAGCAGGGGCCCAAGUGGCUCGGACAGGGCAGCCACUCCUGCUGACGUGCUUUCUCCUUACCUUGAAGGAGGGUGUGGGCGAGGGACCCCUGCCGCUGUCCCCUGCCGCGGCACGUGCCCCUAUGCCCUUUGCACGUGGUGCUGGAAUAGGCAGACUGUGCCGUGGCUGGCCCCUCAGUGGGCUGGGAAAGGAGUGGCCGCGGUGACGGCUGCCUGCCCACUGGCACCAUGAAGUGCUCCCUGCGGGUGUGGUUCCUCUCUGUGGCCUUCCUGCUGGUGUUCAUCAUGUCUCUGCUCUUCACCUACUCGCACCACAGCAUGGCCACCCUGCCCUACCUGGACUCGGGGGCCCUGGGUGGCACCCACCGGGUGAAGCUGGUGCCCGGCUAUGCCGGCCUGCAGCGCCUCAGCAAGGAGGGGCUCGCAGGCAAGAGCUGCGCCUGCCGCCGCUGCAUGGGUGACACGGGCACGUCCGACUGGUUUGACAGCCACUUCGACGGCAACAUUUCCCCUGUCUGGACCCGAGAGAACAUGGAUCUUCCCCCGGAUGUCCAGAGGUGGUGGAUGAACCUGCCUUCAGCCCAGAGUGCCCAAGACUGGGGUCUGCAGGGGGUGGUUGCCAGGAGCCCCACGGGGUACCCCUUGAAGGCUGAUUGGGAAGGAGCCCCUGAAGGAAGCCCUCAAAGGGUCCUGCCUCUUGCUCGGAGUCAAGGCCUUCAUUUUAUGGGAGAAGUCAAGAUGUUGCAGCCCCAGUUCAAAUCACACAACACCAACGAGGUGCUGGAGAAGCUGUUCCAGAUUGUCCCGGGGGAGAACCCCUACCGCGUCCGGGACCCCCACCAGUGCCGGCGCUGCGCCGUGGUGGGGAACUCGGGCAACCUGCGGGGUUCCGGCUACGGGCAGGACGUGGACGGACACAACUUCAUCAUGAGGAUGAAUCAGGCGCCAACUGUGGGCUUUGAGCAGGAUGUUGGCAGCCGAACCACCCACCAUUUCAUGUACCCCGAGAGUGCCAAGAACCUGCCCGCCAACGUCAGCUUUGUGCUGGUGCCCUUCAAGGCCCUGGACUUGCUGUGGAUCGCCAGCGCCCUGUCCACGGGGCAGAUCCGAUUCACCUAUGCCCCAGUGAAGUCUUUCCUUCGAGUGGACAAAGAAAAGGUCCAGAUCUACAACCCAGCCUUCUUCAAGUACAUCCACGACAGGUGGACAGAGCAUCAUGGGCGGUACCCUUCCACAGGGAUGCUGGUGCUCUUCUUUGCCCUGCAUGUGUGUGACGAGGUGAACGUGUACGGGUUCGGGGCCGACAGCCGGGGCAACUGGCACCACUACUGGGAGAAUAACCGGUACGCGGGCGAGUUCCGGAAGACGGGCGUGCACGACGCGGACUUCGAGGCCCACAUCAUCGACAUGCUGGCCAAGGCCAGCAAGAUCGAGGUCUACCGAGGCAACUGAGCCUGGCCUCGCCGCGACCCUCCCGGCCCAGACCGUAGGCUCUGGCGCGCGUUCCCGCCCGGGACUCCAGACCAGCCCAAGGGCGCGCUGCGCCCCGCCCCGGCUGUCAUCAGGCGAUCAAGAGCAACUCCAGAGCACGAUCUGGACCAAUCAUGCUGCAAUCCAGCGAGCGUCUGCUGUCCCCCACCAAUCACGAGACUCUGGGGGCUUCCGGGCCUGGCAACCAAUCAGCGCUGCAGUCGGGCAAAGCUCGUUUUUCUCAGCCAAUCAUGCGACUCAAGGAGAACUUCCGGCGCUGGGCCGUCUCCUCCAAUCAAUGGCCUCGAGGGGCAGGCCGGCGGCCGCGCAAUCCCCACUCCCUUGUGCUUUUGGAUAGGAUUUUAUUUUACGCUUACUUUGGAGCGGAGCAUGCUCCGGGCUUCGACAAAGUACUACUCUGACUCGACAGUGGGGAGUGUCCCCGUUGCUGGCUGGCCUGACUCCGCUGGGGCGCUGCGGAGGAACCCGGGAAGGCGCGGGGCGGGUGUCCCUCGGGGCCUCGGCGGGGCUUGCUGGGGGUCGAGGGGUGGCCUGAGGGGUUUCCAUGGGGCGCGCCUUCUCCCCAGGAAGAAAGCUGGCGGCCUCGGCAAGCUCUCAGGCCUCCGAGAGCACUGUAGACUCCACACUUCCCUUGUCCGUCAGGCCCAGAUGGGUGAGUGCAAACCCACCAAAGAAACGCAGUCGCGGUGACGCCCGCGGGCCCCUCCCCCUCCCCGCCUCGGCCACCCUAUGGAAUGGCCUCUGACCAGGGCGUUUCGUGUCUCACGGGAAAACUAGGGAAUUGAAUUCCCCCCUUGCUAGGGUGGAAUUUGCCUAGGGCCCAACCCCUGAACAUAGGUGUAAGAAACAGGGCAGGGGACAAGGAAGCUCUGUCACAUCCAAUGUAAGGUGCUUCUCACUCACGUGUGCCCUCGGCCCCUUCUGUUCACUCACAACCUUUUUAGUGUCUCUCCUUAGGCCCUGGGCCUCCUCACCAGCCUACUUGUUGCUCUGGGAAAAA